AUGGUUCUUAAUAUUAUUACAGAAGAUUUCGAUAAUUUUUAUGAAAUUCAAGAUGAUCUUGGAAGCGGUCAAUUUGCUGUUGUUAAAUGUGUUCGUGAAUUAAGUACGGGACAUGAAUUUGCAGCGAAAUUUGUACGAAAGAAAAAAUGUAUUGCUGGCAAACGAGGUCUUAAACGUGAAGAAAUCUUACGUGAAGCUGAUAUACUCAGUGAAUUAGCUCCACAUCCAAACAUAAUCACAGUUCAUGAUGUAUUUGAAAAUAAACAUGAAAUAAUCUUAGUACUUGAAUUAGUUAGCGCUGGUGAACUUUUUCAUUAUAUUGCUGAAAAAGAUGCAUUGAAUGAAGAAGAAGCUGCGAAAUUUAUUUUGCAAAUUCUUGAAGGUGUUCGUCAUAUGCAUGAAAAAAAUAUUGUUCAUCUGGAUUUAAAACCUGAAAACAUCAUGUUAUUAGAAAAGAAUAAAACACAAAUAAAAAUUAUUGAUUUUGGAAUCUCAAGAAAACUUCGACCAAAUGAACCAACGAAAGAAACAUUUGGUACACCGGAAUUUGUUGCUCCAGAAGUCAUUGCAUUUGAACCCGUUACAUUGGCAACAGACAUGUGGAGUAUUGGUGUUAUAACAUAUAUUUUAUUAAGUGGUGCUUCCCCAUUUCUUGGUAAUACAAAUCAAGAAACAUUUGCUAAUAUAACUCAAGUUGAUUAUCGUUUUGAUGAGGAAUUUUUUGCAAAUACAAGUGAUUUAGCUAAAGAUUUUAUUCAACAACUUUUUGUUAAAAAUCCUCGACAACGAGCAACUGUUGUCGAUUGUCUCAAUCAUCCAUGGAUUAAACCACGUCGUCGAAAAGAUGAAGAAGAACGUCGUAAUGCUCAAAUCAAUAUGCCAUCAUUCAAAUCAUUUAUAGCUCGUCGUCGUUGGAAGGUACAGAUGCACUGUGAAUCACGUAUACUUCGUACAGUAACAACAAAAAAAAUAGAUAGAGAUGGAAAUGUUAAAUCAGCUAAGCAUAGUGAACGUAAGGGUAAAACAGCUAUUUAUGAGGGACAUUAUUCUGAGACCGAUGAUUCGGAUAAUGAUACUGAACAUAUUGAAAAACAAGAAGAAAUAAAUCCAAGUAAACGUAUACAUUGUUGUCCAACAAAUAUUGAAAUGAAACAGAUAAAAUCCACUGAAUUUGCUGAAUCAUUUCAAGAGAAUGAAGAAGGUGAUGAUGAUGAUGGAAAUGAAAACCAUCGUCGUCGUCGAGGAGAUACAACUGCUUCAUUAAUGAAAAUUCCAUUACCUAAUGAACAAGUUGUAUCUGAUCAACAUUCACGUUCACAAACAAGUGAUACAAAAGUUAUUGAAUCAGUUGAUGACAUAACUGGACAAAAUGUUCGUACAACAGUACAAAAUAAAGUUCAUACCGAUGAAAAUUUAAAAAUAUCAAAAUCGGAUAAUAUUCAAUAUGAAGAAACUGAAGAAGGAACUUUAAAAAAAAGGUGUGUGAAAGCGAUCAGCCUGUGUAACAAAAUUUUUAAACAAUCACAACUGCGUCUAUCGUCCAUCUCAUCCGCUAUUAGUUUAGAUAAUUUAGAUUCAAAUAUAUCUGGUCGAUCUUAUGCUGAGGAUAAUGAUGAUUUUGUAUUAACGGCUCUUUUAUGUGCUGCCGAAGAUGGAGAUUUAGCUAAUAUUAAAAAAUUAUGUAAUCUUGCUACGAUUGAUGUGAAUAAAGAAAAUAAGCAUGGUGAAACGGCAUUACAUUUUGCCUGUGGCGCUGGUAAUUUAAAUAUUGUUAAAUUAUUAGCUGAUCGGAAAGCUAAUCUAAUGAUUAUUGAUGGGUCUGGAAAUAAUGCUGUCUAUUGGGCAGCAAGACAAGGACAUGUACCGAUAAUUACCUUUCUUCAUGAAAAAGGCGUGCCAAUUAAUGUAUCGAAUCGAAAUGGUGAAACUAGUUUACAUGUUGCUACUCGAUAUGGUCAUCCACAUGUUGUUGAACAUUUAUGUAGAUUAGGUGGUAAUGUUGAUGUUCAAGAUGAUGAAGAAGAAACACCGAUGAUUGUUGCAUCAUGGCAUGAUUAUUCUCGUAUUUGUCGAAUUUUAUGUAGUGCUGGUGCUGAUCUUAAUAUACGAAAUAAAGAAGGAGAAACAGGUUUAAUAUGUGCAGCACAACGUGGAAAUGCUGAAAUUGUUCAAAUAUUAAUUGAUAAUAAAGCAAAUUUAGAUCUACAAGAUAAAAGAGGUUUAUCAGCAUUACAUUCUGCGUGUAAACGACAACAAAUACCAAUUGCUUUAACGCUAAUUCAAGCUGGUUGCAAUAUAAAUAUACUUGAUACUAAUCAUGAAACUCCAUUACAUUAUGCAAGUCGAGAAGGUCUCUUACCUAUUGUUGAAGCAUUAACAUCAUUUGGAUGUCGAAUGGAUUUGAGAAAUAAAUCAGAUGCAACUUCAUUACAUUUAUCAGCUCGUCAUGGUCAUACAGAAAUAGCUCGAUUUCUAUGUUUAGCUGGUUUAAAUAUAAAUAUUCAAGAUAAGGAUGGUCGAACUGCUUGUCAACUAGCUGAAAUAAAUGGUAAUACAGAAAUAGUUCAAUUACUUAAAGCAUUAAGCAUGGAUAAUCGCGCUGUUUUUAUGGAACAACUUAUAUCGACAAAACAACCAUUGAGACGAAUAAAAUUAAAAUUAUUUGGAGGCAAUAAUUCUGGAAAAACAACAUUAAUUGAUAGUUUGAAAUGUUCAUUUUUAAAUAGUUUUUUUCGAAGAAAUCGUCUUACUAGUUCAAAAAAAACGAAUGCUUUAGCAAAUCGAAAAUCCGUUAUUCUUGAUGAAUCAGAAGUUUUCAAUGAUUAUAAUUCAAAAGGUGUUAGUGUUCAACAAAUAACAUGUACAGGUGGUGGACAAUACAGUGUUUGGGAUUUUGCCGGUACGGACAUAUAUCAUUCAACUUAUGAUCAUUUUAUUGGAGAUUUCAAUUGUAUUCACGUUUUAUUAUUCGAUAUUUCUGACGAUAUACAACAAUUAGAACAACAUAUAAUCUACUGGCUUGAAUUUCUUCGUAUAAGAAUAUCUGUACAAGAACCUCUUGGUUUGAAUGGUCGAAGUGCACAAUUAGCUAAAAUAGUUCUUAUUGGAACACAUGCUGAUCUUGUAGCUGAUUGUACAAAAUCCGAUGAUGGAGAUUAUACAUGUGAACGUAUUCAAGGAUUUUUACAUACUAUUAAAACUCGUUAUAUGAAUGAUUUUGAUUUUCAUGAUAAAAUAUUUCUUCUGGAUGCUCGUGCAGCAUGGACACAAUCAAUAAAAAAUCUUAUAACAUGUUUUAAUGUAUAUAAAGAACGAAUAUGUCAAAAAUUAAAACCAACAACAGUUCUACUUGAUCGAUGUACAUAUCAUAUACAACAACAAUGGAGAAAAACCUAUGGAAAUUUUCCAGUUAUGUCUUGGUCACGUUUUCUCGAUUGUAUUCGACAAGAAAUAAAUCCACUAGCAAGCGAUGAACAUAUGAGAGAAUUAGUUCAACAAUUACAAUUAAUGGGAGAAGUUUUAUAUUUGGAAGGAGAUCCACAAGAAGAUUUGAUCUGUUUUGAUCCGAAUUGGCUUUGUCAAAUAAUCCUUGGUCGUCUUCUUAGUCAUCAACGAAUUUGUAAACGUCAUUCAUCAUCCAAUGAAACAUUUGCUCUAAAUGAUAUUCGAAAUUUAUUUCCUGAAAUACCUGAACCAAUUGAUCUUUUACAAAUAUUUAAUGCCUAUGAUCUUUGUACACAAAUUGAUGUUAAUGGUGAAUUUGAAUUUGAAUUUCCACAAUUAAAUAUAACUGAAAUAAUGCCUGGUCUAUGGGAAAAACGUUCAGGUGUUCAAUAUAUUUAUAUUGGUUGUGAAAUACAUUCACGUACAUUAUCAUCAUUACUUUGGCCUGUUUUUCCUCGAAUACAAGUUCAACUUCGUCGUUUAAUAAUGUCAAAUGAAUUUGUUCAACAUGGCGGUGGUGAUGAUGUUGAAUUAUUUCAAUGGACAGAAGGUUCAAAAUUAGUUGUGGGGAUGAUUGAAUUAUUAUUAACAAAAAAUCCAUUAACACAUUUAGAAUUAAAAGCUCGAGGACAAGUACAAAAUCGUGAACAAAUCUUUUAUUUAUUUCAUGAUAUUCUUUCACUUAUUGAACAUGUUUUCAAUCAAAUGUGUCCAAUGUUACAAAUUGAACAACAUUAUAUAUCAACAAAACAUCUUUAUUUAAAUCAAACAUCAACAAUAAAUACAUUAGCUAUACCAACACGACGUGUUUUAACUAAUCUUACAUCAUUACCAGUUACGGAUCGAGAGACAUUUUGUUUAACUCCUAGUUCACCUUGUUCAAAUCGUUCAUUUACAUUUUUUGAUUCAAAAGUAAAUACUUCACCAUUUUAUAGAACUUAUUCACCUAAAUUAAUUGUGCAAACUUUGAUGCAACAAUAUGGAAUAAAUCAGUCAUCAGUACUUGAUGGAAAUAAUAAUCAUCGUGUAACAAUUAUAAAUCAACAUCCUUCGACUGAUUCAUUGAAUAGUUCUCAUUCAAGCGUAUCGACAAAAGAUAUAUCCAAUAAUAAUACAACAGCUGAUUUUAAUGAAGAUCUGAUUGAUUUAUUAUGUUGUGGUUCAAAUGAAAUCUUUUCAAAUUUAAUUAUGGGAAUUGAUUUACCAAUAUCAAUAUUUUCAUUAAAAACUCGACAAUUACUUUGUCGUUUAUUUGAUAAACAAGAUAAAAUGGGUCGAGAUUGGUGUCUAUUAGCAAUAGCAUUACAACAACAACAUCUUAUACCACAACUUGAUCUUGAUGAUAUUUAUCAAUCGAAAACUAAUCAAUUAUUAGAAGAAUUAGGAAAAAAACAAUCUUCAUUAACUCUUCGAUAUUUUCUUCAAAAGCUACUUGAUAUUGAUCGACGUGAUGCUUUCGAAGUUGUUGCGAAUACUUGUCCAAUAUUUCAAUUUGCCAAUACAAAUGGUGCUGUUAUACAACCAUCAUCAAAUGAACAUGAUCAACAUGAUAGUCAUGAUAGUGGGAUACAAAAUUCGAAUAAUACUAUCGCCAGUUUGAAUCGGUGA